AUGUUCAGCAUCCCCACCCUCGUCUCUCUUUUGCUCCUUGCUGUCCCAAAGGCAACCCUCGCCAGCCCCUGCAUCACCUUCGACGCUAGCUUCAACCUCCUCGCCUUCGGGUUCGACGGCAAGGACUACAACGCUGGCACACAGGAUACCUGGGCGUCUGGAACCGCGACCGACAUUACCGCUACCGGACGGCCACCAUUCGAUGGUACCAACACUACCUGCUACCUCUCCCAAUUCUUCAACGCUGUAUACGUCAUUGAUGGUGACAAGGCCAACCCGUCUAACGUUCACAUCUACGACGCCGGGUCGAAGUCAUGGACAACCCAACAGACAACUGCCGGCACCUUCGACCCCACUUCGUACCAUGCCAUUCUCGACCACGACACGAAUGUCUUCUACGCCGUUUCCAAGAGCGAGCUUUUCUUCCUCGACAUGAGCAGCUUGACCGCUGCAAACUCUACCCCUCUCCCUUGGGUUGAUGUCGGGGCCACUCCUUACGACAAGAGUUACUCUCCCGUUAUGGCCCUGGCGCAGAAUCACAUCCACUUCCUGGACGUCCCUGGCAACAGCGCUGGUAUGGCUGAUAUCUUUGUCAUCCACUUCUCAUUCUUCCAGCCUGAAGCUCAGUCCUACUCGCCCUCCUUCCCUGCCAGCCACGGUCAGACCACCUCGUUUUUCCAGACCACCGGUGUUCAACAAGAGUUUGCAUUCAUCCCGGACGACUUUUCCAAUGUUUGGGUCAUCAAUGUUGAGACCAACUCCACGAGUACCCUCGCUGCGCCUACAAGCAAGGAUACCGGGGCGUCGUACGCCGCGUCGAUCACCGCGCUUGUCCAGCUUGACUCUACCGGUGCGGUUUCCUUCAUCCCCUACAAGCAAGGUGACGCCACCACGAACUCGGCCCAGACGUGGACCACCGUCAAGGGUCUCGCUGCUCUCUCCCCCGCGAGCUCGAGCUCCUCGGCACCCGGAACUAGCGGAUCUAGCGGCACUGGAAAACCGACCGGGUCCGCGUCCCACUCUGCCUCCGUCUCGCAACAGACCACUGGGUCUCCUAGCUCUGCGAUGUCCACAACCGUGAGCGUCGGCGUCGUUGCAGGAGCGGUCUUCGCAGCGCUGGCGGCGCUAUGA